AUGAGAUUUGGGAAGAAGAGCAAAUUGAGGAUGAGGUUCAUUGUCCUAUUUGAAGUGUUAGAGAAAGUUGGGGAGGUUUCUUAUAGUAUUGGAUUGCCUCCCAGCCUUGCGGGGGUACAUUCAGUAUUUCACACUUCAUUGCUUCGGAAGUAUCAUGAAGAAAAGUCGCAUGUUCUGGAUUUUAGCAUAAUGCAACUUGAUGAGAAUUUGACAUAUGAAGAAGAGCCGGUGGAUAUUGUAGAUAGGCAGGUUCAAAAAAUGAGAUCCAAGGAUAUUUCUUCUAUGAAAGUGCUUUGGAAAUGGCAGUCGGCUGAGGAGGCUACGUAG